AUGGAUAACAUUUCAAAGGCAUCAAAUAUGGAAGGGACUUCAACGAUGACGGUUACCUCGCGUAGUUCGGAAGACUCCAGUUGUAUCUCAAAUCAUGAACAGGAUACCGAUACUCAUAACGAGAGUAACACAAGUGCUGCGGAAAACAAUAAAAUUUCGAAAAGAAAAUGGAUGAAAGAGUUUUUCAAACUUUCCAAAUCUCCAGCUUCCAAAAGCAACCGGAGUAUAGGUUCCAUGAAAAGUAACCAGAGCUUGGUUUCAAUGAAAAGUAGUGACGAGGGCAAUAGUUCUAGAAAUGACUACUCUUUUGUUUGUGGUAACAAUCUUUCCUCUGCAGGCUUGAGUCGUUCCAAUAGUAUGAAAGAAUCGAAAUUAGAUUUAAUUGGAAGCCAAAGAUCAAAAAAUAAUGUUGCCUCGUUGGCGCCUUCUUCUAUACCACCUCAGACAACAUCCUCUUCAUCUUCAUCCUCUUCUUCAACUUCUUAUGACUCUAUGAAGAGAACAGAAAAUAGUAGUGCAUUGCAGAACAACAACCGCCUCAGGCAUAACAAAGAGAUUCCUCAAAGUAGAGGAAGCUCCAACAUGAACCCCACAUCCAUCAUGAGCCAAUACAAUGUCGACACACAAGCAACCGCUAUAAUGAGUGACAUGCAAAAGCAAUAUGACUCGCAGCAAAUGGCAUCGCCCUUCGUAAAUGAGAGCUUAUAUUUUGAUCCAAAUGGUGAAGUUUCACACAUAAUAAAAUCAAUAUUUAAAGAAAUUGGCUAUAAAUAUGACGAUUUCAGUGAUAUUCCGGUUUUUAAAUUGAUGCAAGAAAUGUACCAACUGGUGAAGAAGAAUUCCAACGCUAGAAGAACAAAGUUAACAGGUUAUGCUUCCAAACUCAAAGACAAAGAAACGCAAUUAAAAAGCCAGUAUGAGAAAAUUCUAAAGUUGGAAACGACGAACAAAGCUUAUAAGACCAAAUACAAGGAGAUAUCCUUGGAAAAUAAGAAAAUAAAAGAGGCCUUUAAAGAACUAGACAAUGAAUCAUACAAUCACGAUGAAGAAUUACUAAAAAAAUACAAAUAUACUAAAGAAACUUUAGAGAGAGUCAAUAGAGAACAGCAAUUAAUCGUUGAUCAAAACGAGUUUUUGAAGAAAAGUGUUAAUGAACUACAAAAUGAGGUUAACGCUACCAACUUCAAGUUUUCUUUAUUUAAAGAGAAAUAUGCGAAAUUGGCAGAUAGUAUCACUGAAUUGAACACUUCCACAAAAAAAAGGGAGGCCCUAGGAGAAAACUUAACUUUUGAAUGCAAUGAAUUAAAAGAAAUAUGUUUGAAGUACAAAAAAAACAUUGAAAACAUAUCAAAUACCAAUAAGGAUUUGCAAAAUUCGUUUAAAAAUGAAAGGAAAAAAGUUUUAGAUUUAAGGAAUGAGAGAAAUUUGUUAAAAAAGCAAAUACUGUUGAUUGAAUGCCAUGGUUCAUAUUCAUUACUCCUUGUAUCUAAUAUUUUAACAUGUUAUCGGUUUUUACUGCCAAGUGAAACUAUUAUUGAAACCGAAGCCUUAAUAAAGGAGUUACUCAACAUGAAUAAUUCACUUUCAGUCCAUGUGUCUUCUUCUGACGAGUCUUCUGCGGAGUUCUCGAAAAGAUUAGAAUCAAAAUGUAUAGGGUUUGAAGAAAAGCUACUUUAUUUCUAUCAAGAAGUUGUGACCAAGAAAAUUAUAGACGUCAUUUACAAGUGCUUUAUCAACUAUUACAAGAAAAGUAGGCAAACUGACCCAAAAUCGAGUCAGAACUCCAGUACUCCGUACAAACAAAGCCAAAGACAAGUUCCGCACUCCAUUAAGUGA